CCCAAAGUUGGUAAAGGCUGAGACAGUUGUAACAUACAAAAUAGCCAUUCUCUUUCCAAGUGCCAGGAAUCAUGAGACACGAAGUUGGCAUGGCAACACACAUCACCUUCCAGCAGCCCCAGCCAGUCAUGACGCAGCAAGUAAUUCAGCUCCAGUCGAAUCAGUGGAGCACAGGCAUCACCGACUGCUGCUAUGACAUGAAUAUCUGUUGUUGUGCUACCUGGUGUUUCCACUGUUUCGCCGGCAAUACCAGCAGUGAUUUUGGAGAGUGCUUCUGUCUGCCGUUACUCUUUUUUUCUGGGUCACUGGCCUUGCGAGUUGCAGUCCGGGAGCGUUAUCAUAUCCAGGGCAGUAUCUGCCACGACUGCAUGUACGUGACCUUCUGCAACAUCUGUUCCUGGUGCCAGAUUGCCCGGGAGAUUAAGAAACGCAAGGCGGGAAUGAAUUUAAUGAUCAUCCAGGCCACCGGCUUUCCUCCAGGAGUCCGUUAUUAACCAGAGAGCAGAAAGCGCCCCCAAUUCUGCUGGCUCUUUAGAUGGCAAAUACUGUGCCAUCGUUCUUUCCAAUGUGUUCAUAUUUCUUUUUUCUUUAUUGUGCGUAUGACUGCAUUGUAAUCUGUGUUCAUGCCUUCAACGACUGUGUAAGAAAUCCAGUACCACGUGGGUUUCUCACCAUUUGUUGAAGAAACUCUUAACUCCUCUGUAGUAUAUUUAGCCUCUGAUAACAUGGAAGCAAUUUAAUUAACACCCCAAACCUGGGUAAAAUCAAUUUCACUUUUGUGUUGUUACAUCAGAACUUCCAUUAUUUUCCUUUUUUAUUUCAAUAUUUAAUUGCAGCAAUACAAAGCCUGAGAUCUCAUGGUUUGGGAAAGACAAGAUUUGAAAAGUCUUGGGAAAAGGAAGGGCACCCCUAAGAUAUUGCAGAUAUACAGCAUUUAAUGAAGCAGUAACAGAUAAUGUUUCCAAUGGGCAAUAUCAAUCCAUCCUAUUUUCUAAACCUUUUUUAUCCAGGACAGGGAAAUGGGGGAUGCUGGAGCCCAACCUGGCAAGCUAUGGGUGCAAGGCAGGAUACAUCCUAAGUGGGACACCAGUACUUCACAGGGCACACACAGACACAAAUAUUGACAUGCACACACUCACACCAGUGCCAAUUUUACUGACACAAAUUAACCUUCUACUAUGUCUUUUGACUGUAGGAGGAAACCUACAUGAACACAGAGAAAACACAGAAGCUCCACACAGAUAACACCUCAGGUCUAGGAAUGGACAAUUAACUUGUGAGAUAUCAAUGCUUAUUGGGCAAUAGGACCAAAUCCUGAUUUGAUCAGAUGGGAUCCAGAAUUAAUUCACAUAUUUCUAACACCUCAGAUAUAUAGAUGUUGUUGACUGUCUCAGAAAAAGACCUAAGAUUUAUAUCAGUAAAGCAAAUACUGAUUUUUUGUAUGCUACCUAUGCUAUAUUAUGUUAUUUUAAAUUACCAUCUGGGAAUAGAAUAUAGUUGCACACAGCAAUCUAAUAAAGGGAAAAGGGUUUGUCUUCCAAUAUUUAAGUUUGAAUCUUGCAAGAGUAUUUUUAAUGUCUUACUAAUGCCAAAUGAGUCAGCUAAAUGCAGAACUUUAAGGAAAGUGAUUACUUGUCUGUAUAGGUUGGUUCAGAAAUGUCUGGUUACAGUACCUGUAAGAAAAGAUAUGUAUCCAAAGUACCACUAAAGCUACUCAUAUUGCAACUUCCUUUCUGAAACUGAUUUAAUUUGGAGCAAGUGGCUAUAUUUAGAAGGCUUCAUAUUCAUAUAUAUAUAUAAAUAACUAUUUUCACAAGUUUUUUAAAGCUUUCUGAUUGAUCACUGCCAAAAUGGCAUUAAAAUGCAAUGGGACCUUAAAUAAACUUUAAGAACUUAACAUAACUGUGGUUAACAGUAUACAAAUGAAAAAUGUGUGUUUUUCUGGAUGAUGUGCAUUUUGUGCUACAUGAUGUUAGCUUUAGUUUGUUGUGAAUUACACAACUAUAACCUCUAAUCGUGUGGCCUGUAGCUAAACUGUUUCCUGUGAAAGAUCGCACUGAUUGUACUACUGUGCAGAAAUGUACUAUCA